CUCUCCAUUGAAGCCCACCAUCCAUAGUUCUUCCAUACUACUCUCCACCAUGGCCACGCCUCUUUGGCAAUUCCAUUCCCGGCGGCGGCGGCUGAGGCUGCCGACGAUCCUACUCAUCGUUGCCGCUGCGACUGACCUCUUCGUCCUGGCUGCUUCUGCUGCUGCAGAACAACAGCAAAUGCCCGUCGCCCGCCCGUAUUGCCGCGACAAGUGCGGCAAUAUCAGCAUCCCCUACCCGUUCGGCAUUGGGCCGGGCUGCUUCAUUGCUCAGCAAUUCGAGGUCUACUGCAACGACUCCACCAGUCCCCCUCGCGUCUUCCUUGUUGUCGCACCACGUGAGACAUACCAGCUAACGGGCGAGGCCAUCAUAUCGGCUCGUGACCGGUUCCCUUAUGUGUUCGACGAAUUGGCGUUACCGCCGUCGCCGAUCGAGCUGGUUGACAUAUCGGUCGAGCGGAAUGAGGUCCGGGCAUAUGGCGCCGUCUCAUCUUACUGCCGUCAAUCCACCACCAAGCAUGUGCUCAAGCUUCAGCUUACUUCUGUGGGGCCUGCCAAGACCAUGUGGCCGCUCAACUUGUCGAAGCGCAACUCUCUCGUUGGCAUCGGCAAGAAUGUCGAAGCUAGGUUGGCAACCCGCAUGUACAUGGACUACCCAAGCUCGGAUCCAUGGCUAGAGUCAACCUGCACUUCAAUCGUCGAAUUCAGUGGUUUCAAGUCACCCACAAACGGGUCGUGCUCCGGGUAUGGCUGCUGUCAGGUCCCCUUCGCGGCUGCAGUAGAUGACACCCCACCGGUAGAAUUUGCGGUGUCGUUCAAGCCCGAUAACUCUACUUGGGUGGAUUGGGAAGAACACCCGUGCUCCUACGGAAUGGUGGUGGAGAGUUCAUGGUACAACUUCUCUUCGCUGGACCUGUACGGCUAUGAAGUGCUAUCCAGGAAAUUCCAAAGGGGCGUCCCCUUCGUCAUCGAUUUCGCCAUCAUAACCGAACAGAACGGUUCAUGUCCGGCUGAAGGCCAGCAGCCACCUCUGGGCUACGCGUGCGCCAGCGGCAACAGCUUUUGUACCAACGCAACAGCCUUUACAGACGCUGGCUAUUUUUAUGUCUGCAAGUGCAAGGAGCAUUACGAAGGCAACCCCUACGUCAACAAUGGAUGUCAAGACAUCGAUGAGUGCAAGAACCGUGAUUUGUAUCCAUGCUCAAGCGACGGGGUAUGCAAGAACAGGCUUGGAGGCUAUGACUGUCCAUGCAAGCGCGGAAUGAAGGGUGACGGCAAAGCAGGAACCUGCAAAGAUAUAGUCCCAUUAGUCGCUAAAGUGGUCAUGGGUGCAACAGGUUUUAUUUUCGUCAUGGUUAUAUUAUUUCUUAUUAUUCUUCAAAAAGAGAGAACAAAGACAAGAGAGUUUUACAAAAAAAAUGGUGGGCCUAUAUUAGAGAAGGCAAAGAUAAUAAAGCUUUUCAAAAAGGAAGAGCUCAAGCCUAUUAUAAAGAGUGACAAUUUUAUUGGAAAAGGUGGCUUCGGUGAAGUUUACAAGGGUCUUCUUGCUAAUGAACUAGUUGCAGUCAAGAAGCCCAUCAGUGGGAGUGUACUAGAGACUGAACAAUUUGCAAACGAAGUCAUCAUCCAGUCUCAAGUCAUACACAAGAAUAUUGUUAGGCUCAUAGGUUGUUGUCUUGAAGUGGACCUUCCAAUGCUAGUGUAUGAGUUUCUCUCCAAAGGCAGUUUGGAAGACAUUCUUCACAGUGACAACAAGGUGCCUGUCAACUUGGACCUACGUUUAAGAAUUGCUGCAGAAUCAGCAGAUGGUCUAGCUUAUAUGCACUCAAAAACCACAACUAAAAUCCUGCAUGGUGAUGUUAAACCAGCAAAUAUACUCUUGGAUGACAAUUUUGUGCCGAAGAUAUCAGAUUUUGGCAUAUCGAGGUUGAUUCCGAGAGAUAAACAACAUACCCUAUCAAUCAUUGGUGACAGAACUUAUAUGGAUCCAGUAUAUCUACAAAUGGGGCUACUAACCGAAAAAAGUGAUGUCUACAGUUUCGGAGUAGUUAUCUUGGAGCUUAUUAGCAGGGAGAAGGCCACAUAUUCCGACAAUAAUAGCCUCGUACAGAAGUUUCUUGAAGCUCACAAGAAAGAGAGGAAAGCAACUGAGUAUUUUGACAAGGAAAUUGCAGUACCAAGAGAUUUAGGGCUUCUUGAUAGUCUAGCAGAGAUGGCUGUGGAAUGCCUCAGCCUUGAUGUGGAUCAAAGACCAACAAUGACAGAGGUAGCAGAGCGCCUCCUCAAACUGUUCCGAUCUCGUGAGUUGUAAGUUGUAACUUGUUUGUAAGGUGAUGCCCAUUCUAGUUUGUGUGAACAAUAUGUACGUCCAGUAAAUUAAGAUAGACAACUAUCGCUGUGGUAAUGUUUGUCUUAUGCUGUUUUGGUGGAAAAAUUGUAGGCGUAGAGGCAGGGGUGGUCUCCCUUGGUUCAUUUGUACUGUACCGUGACUCAUUGAGUAAUUGUG